AUGGGGGACCAUGUCGUGGAUGUUUCACUAACGGUGGACGGGGCCAGAAGCAAGCUGCCUGUUCCGGAGACCUCUAUGAAGGUUCUGCUAGGAAAGCUAGGCCACCCUCUGCCUGAGGUCCGGUGCCGCAGUCUGCGGAGCCUCAAGCUGAAGAUGGAGCACGGCUUACUGCGCCUGGCAGACGCUGCGGAGGAGGAAUACUUGCUGCGGCAGCUUUUGGAAUGGUUCAAUCGAGAAGGCUGCCAGCAGGAGGAAGAGGUUCUGGGGCUACUGGCACAGCUGGCACAGCGGGCGCGAGCACGGCUCCUACUGUGCGACCUCGGCGCUCUCGACUUCCUCGAGACCAUGCGCGCGCACAGCCCUGCCCGCCUCCACCCCCCCAUUGACAAGCUCGCCGCAGUGCUCCUGUCAAACCCCCAGCCUCACCAACCGGACACCACAGAAUCUGCAAACCCAAGCAGAGCAGGGCCCGCUCUUGCUCAGCCUCUUCAUACCGAGCAAGAUUCUCGACAUGGUGCGCCCUCAUUCAGAGUGACUGAGAGAAGGUCGGGGCAAGGGGCACCGUCAGACCGGGCUUCUCUUGCUCCUGGGGUAACCCGCCCCCCUGUUGCAACAAAGACCUGGGAGGAGGAAGGAGGGGAGUUAUUACAAAACCCUUUGAGUCUUGCCUCCAUUUUGUCGCGUCCUCCUGCUCAGCGGGGGGUACAACCGGAACCCCAGCCGCAGCUUCGGCCCCACCCCCCCGGAAGGUUCAAAGACCCCCCCAAACUAGCGGAGGAGCCGUUGCCUGACCUGUGGCUUCCGGAGGUUCCUCUACGGCCCUCCGACGACCAGUACCUCUUUGAACUCAACCUCAAACUCCAGUGUAUCGGCGACCCCCGGAUCGUUAGAGCGGCGCUUGCAGAGCUUUGCAAUAGGGCGGUUCACGAUCUCCCCCCUGAGGCGCUCCUGCAGAAGCACCCCAUCCUAGAUAGCGUCCUUUCCCUGGCGCACCCGGUGGGGUCUCCCGGCGACCUCGACAUAGCGGCGCUUAACUUUGUGGCCGCCCUGGUGAAGCGCACGGGGGGAGCACUGCGUCUAUCUAGAGACGAGAGCUUUGCGGUGCACCUGGGAGGGGAGUCCGAGCCGUCAAACGUGUCGCCGAACCAUCCGACGUCGUUUCUCAGGAGCAGCUACCCGAUUGCAAAACGGGCACGCACGUCCAAAGGAGAAGCGUUCGGCAAGCUUCGGGGGAGGAUUAUCGGGGAGCGGGUUGUGGACGUGAGCAAACACACGCACGAGAUUGCGAUGCACAUGCUGAAGCUGCUCGCAUUGGAGAAGCGGCUGGAAAGGGCGGUGGGCAUUCUCCGGGAGUUGCUGCCCUUGUUGCGGCCGCAGGAGGAGGGCCAUGGAGAGAAGCUCGGCUCCAAGACCCGAGUGCGCUUCGCCCAAUACUUCCACAUAGUCACUGACGCCCUCCACUCCCAUACCCACUCCUCCCCUAGCCCCCUCACUCAACUCACCGGCGUCACCCCCCCAGCCGACGCAGACCUUGCUUCCGCGGCAGCAGCCCUGCCGCCCUUUCUAGUUGUCCUCUCUGUCGGCUGUGCUUUGGUGCGGCUGCUGCCAGCAACUAGUGUGGGAGAGAUUGUGCCAGCGGCGCUCGCAGAGGCGAUCGGCGCAGUGGCGCGGGACGAAGUCUUGGCAGCCUGCGUCACGGGGGUUCGGACCGAGAUGCUGCCUUACCUCGCCGUUUUGGACCCUCGGCUCCAUCAACAGCUCUCGCAAGCCCAGUACGCAUACUCGGCCUCAAAAGCCGCAGCUUCGGUCCUCUCUCGUUACAAGAACCCAGACAGCUCCAGAGAAGCCGACCCGAGUCCGGAAAGCGUCGAGAAGUCUGGCUCCGCUUUGGAAGCGCUGGAAACGGUUCUCGCAGCGGUCUCGUCUUUGGCGUUCUCGGGAGACGAAGAGACGGCUCGACAGAUGGUGGCGCUAGUCAAAAGAGUCCUUCGGGAGCGGAGUCUGGCGGAAGAGAGGCGGAUCCCAGGGGAAAAGGGGGCUUUGCCAGCGGAACGUGGAGGAACGGCAGCGGAACGGCGGGCUUCGACCGCAGAAGGAGAGCGGAGCUUUAGAGAGGAGCAGGGCAACGAGCCGAGUACUUCCGAGGGGCGUCGUUCCGACGUUGAGGCUUCAGCGGAGAGUGACGUCAGUAGAGUAGAUGACGGAAGCAGAAGCGAGUUAACGAGAGAAGGGCGCACUGGAGAGAAAGAAGGGGGCCAGUCAUCGGACGGCCCAGAAGCAACGGGACAUGCAGCUGAGUUCAUGCGGAUGGCUCGUGGCGUCAUCUUGCGCCUGAUCACCCACGAGAGCGCGCGGAUCCGUCGGGCCGCUUACGAGGGUUUGUUGAAGGCAUCGACGGGAAACGGACGCCAGAGUGGGGAGGAGGCGACAAAUGCGGAGGUGGCUUUCGUGGGUUGGCUAGCUGCAUCGAAUGAAGUGGUGGUCGAGGUGCUGACACGUGGCAUUCACCAGGAAUCAACGGCCGAGCCUGCUGCGGCCCUCUUCCUGCACCUGGUCGACUCCGUCCCUCCGUCCGAGCGGGCGCGCUUUGCGUCCGCACGUCCGUGGCUGUCCGGCUGCCUCGACCUCCCCCGGGCCACGUCGGCGGCCUUCGCGGCUUCCGGUCUCAUCACCCGCUCCCUCGAAAGCGCUGUCACGCAAGCCCGCAUCCAAAAUGCGACUGGGGGAUCCCUCCAAGGGGCGGAGGAAGCACCCGGGAAGGAGCGACGAAUUCCGGGGGAACGUAUUUCCGGAACAGAGGAAGCGGCUGGAGGGGAGCGAGGGAUUCAGGGGGCCACGUGGCAGGAACUGGAGUGGGAGGAGUUGCGGUGGAAGUUGAUGGGGUUGUUGUCCAAGAACCCGGCGGUGCGUGCAGAAAGCUCGGCGGAUGUAAGGGACAGUCUGAAAGAGCUAGGGGAGGGGCUCUCAGGGCUUUUGCUGGGCGGUGGUCUAGCCGAAGACGGAUCAGAAGACGUCAGCGAUCCAUUCCGUGAUCUGCUGGUCGACGUGCAAGCUCUAGGAGAUGACGUCAGUACGGAAGUUGUGGAAACGGUCCCCGCUCGGGAGCUCCCCGCGGCAACAAGGCGUGACGCCGAGUCGUUGCUGGCGAUCGUACGGUCGCCGCACGUCGAGGACGCCAUCCGACGUUCUGCAUUGGAGCAGCUCCGCGCGAGUACCGCAGAUCGACGGCUGGAGACGCUCCUCGCAGAAGACGAACGGCUGCUAGAGCUUCUGGUGGGCGAGACGCUCAAGUGGGCGCAGGACUGGGGGUCGCCGCUCGACUGCCUAGAACUAGCGGAGCGAGAAGUGCGGGGAGAAGAGCGAGGGUCUGGUGGGUUUGGGCUCUCGGCUUUGGGUUUGCUCGCGCGCCUUUCGAGCUCCAAACCGGCACGGAAAUGGUUGCUGGGCGAUCCGACGGCCAGGAUCCACCCGCUCCUUCCCCUGGUCUUCCAUCCGACGGUCGAGGUGCGCCGCGAGCUAGGGGCCCUGCUGACGGCGCUCCUCUUCUCGGCCGACGAGUUGCUGACGUCACUGGGCUCCGCCGGGACAAGUGUCCCGGUCACUGUACAUAUACCUCCGGCAGCCUCGGAAGCGAUCGGGGACUCUGAACCGAGGACGCCGGUGCCUCUCCCUUUGCUGGCGAGCUUCGCAUUUCCCUGCCCGGUAGUUCCCGCCCGAGUGGCCGGAUCGCUGCCGGAAGAUAACGGCGAAAGGCCGGAGCUUCAGAAAGUGAAGCGGCUCUUGGAGCAGAUGAGGCUACUAGAAGACGGCCCGAUUCCGGCGUGGGAGAAAGUGGAGCGGAAGAGGGGGGCGGGCGGCGACCUUUCGCUGGUGGAGCGACAGGCAUGGGCGGCCGUCCCGGGACUGCUACCCGAAAAAGUGUUUGACACUAUUCUGCGACAGAAUCAGGAAGCGCAGUCUCACGACGACUGCCGGCGCGCCCUCGCCUCCCUUUCCCUCCACGUCAUCCAACACCCCCUCCGUGCCCGUCUCCUGGCCCAAGCCCCAUGGCCCCCCGCCCUGCAACGCUUCCUCUCGGUCCCCCCCAUCAGCGAAGAGGACCAGUCGCUCGCUUGUCUAGUUCUUAACCACAUUCUCACCAUGCUACGUUUGGGGGCAAUGCCUUCCGGAGGACUACUGCUGCUCGCUAGAAUAGCGAGGGACGUCUCGAUUCCUCUCCUGGCAAGAAGCUGGGGAGAAGGAGAAGUGAACGGUCUCAGGCGUGAAUCAGAAACAGAGGCUCGCCGGCGAGAGGGAAAGGGCGGUUUGCGUUCCGGCAGGGGGUCCGGUUCAGACUGGGAAGCUGCCCCCCCUUUCUCAGAGCGCCUGCUCGAGUUUGUUGUCGAGCUGCUGACGUCGGCAGGGGGCCAGGGCAGCCGCCACGUGGCAGCACAGGUCUGCGAGGCGCUUUUGAUCUCGACGGGCUUCGUAGAACGGCUGGUCGCCAUAGCGCGCUCCGAGCGCAGCCCGAUGGGCAUGCGAUGCCUCGCUUUACGGGGCCUCGAAGCGACGGCCGCCCUAGUCCCUCAUUCCCGUGCUUCGGAGGCCUUGCAGAAGCAGGUUUGCGAAUCGGUUAUCCCCCUGGUUAACCUAGUCAUCUCUCUUUCGGGCCAGCCGAAGGACGAUGCGCCCCCGCCGCGGCGUGCGCUCCUGAAACAGGGCCUCUUGGCCCUCCGAGCGGUAACGGUUUCUGCCGGGCCCCGUUUUUGGGACCGCGGCUGGGCGCGCACUGGCGCGACGUUCUGGCUGUCGCGCCUCGGCCGCGACCACGAGGCUUCCGUCCGGGCGUCCGCGUUCGCGCUGCUCGCGAGCGCGGCGUCCGAAGAGGCGCCGGGAACGCGGCACAUGCUGGGUUCCUAUUGGCCGGAGGUCGCCCACGUGGCCGCGAAAGCGGCCCUGGAUGUGCGGGAGUGUUACGCGGUCCGGCAGGAGGCGCUGCAAUUCAUCGCUAUGGCGGGGAGGGCGGAAAGAAGUGACCACUCGGUGGGGGGGGUCUUAACCGGGGAGGAAAGAACGGCCCAGGCUGCGGAGGGUUCCGGGGACUCCAACCGGGGAAACGAGGAUGACGUGGAAGUGGCGUCAGCUGCACCAGAGCAGCCACACGCCGAAGGAGCGGGGCCGGAAGAACUGCACGACGAACGCGCACCUCUGACGUCAGCCCCGCUUACAGAGAUUUCGGAGGGCGCGCUAGACAGAGACGAGGCCAGCUUCUUAAGCGGCGUUCCGGAACGGGGGGGCGGCUUGGGCUUAGAGUCAGCCCUGCGCCGGGAGGGGUUCUGGGAGAGGCUCCCGGGGCUAGUCCUCGAGAAGGACGCGACCGCGGGAUUCUUGCGCGCGCUGACGUCAUUGCUCGCGGCGCUGACGUCAGAGGCGCUGCUUGACGUCUUGGAGGUCCCGGCCAUGUGGCCCCGGUUGCUUCAGUUGCUGAAAGUCCCAACGGUCGGCAAAGCGCAGGAGGCUCUUUGCGAAAGUACUGGUUUUGAGGGCAGGGUUCUGGGGAUGUCCGGCCUUCUCGAUCGGGUGGCGUCGGCCGGGCACGUGGCUGAGGUUGUGGCGAGGGUGGGACACGUGUCGGAACGUCACAGGGCGAUGCUGAUGGGUAGGCUCGGUGCGGUGCCUGCUCUGGCGGAAUCGUUCUGCGCCGUAUCGAAGAUGGGCAAGAAGUGGCCCACUGAGGUAGAGGCUUCGAUGUCGAAAGAGAAGUGGUUGCUAGAGCGAGAACGGGCGGUCGCUUUGGAGAGUCUAGCUUCGGCGCUGAGUGCUGCUAGCUACUGGAAGGCUUCGACGAGUGCGAGUUCGGGGUUGUUCUGUAAAAGUGACACGUGGCCGAGCGAGAGCGCCUUGAGGAAGGUCGUUGCGGCGACGGCCGAGUUGUUGACGGAUGAAGAAGAGGGGGCGGAAGGGGCGCGGAAAGCGGCAGAGCGGAACGGGAAUGGGGGAAAGAAAGACGACGUGACCCCUGUGAGCGGACUAGAGCUUGCCGUCUGUCGCCUGGUCGCUUCGCUCCUCACAGACGGCCCAGCAGCGGCGAAGCUGUUGGGUAAGGAAACAGACAGCGGCUCAGGGGCGCCGGAUUCCGGUGGGCCCCGGAAUGGCGGAGCUGAUUCCGGCGGCACAGAGGAAACGGCAGCUAAAAGGUCUCCGCAAUUUGACGGCGAUAACGGACUAGGCGGAGCGCUUUUCGACGGUCUACUUCCGUUAUACCGCGAGGUCCGCCGCCGACGAAUCGAGGCCCUGUCUUUGGGCAAAUCGUCCGAAUUACUAUCUUGCUCCGAAGCCUUCGCGGCUGUCGGCGGGGCCCUCCGUGCACUCGUCGCCUUCAGCAAGGGCGCGAAAGCGCGCGCGUCGGAAAAUGCCUUCCCGGCGACGCUGCUCGAGAACGCACGCGACACCCAGGCGCUGCUGCGGCUGGAGAGCCUGCACCUGCCACUGCCCAACCAGGGCGCGCUACGUCAGCACCGGCGCGAGGGCGCCGUCGUCACGGUGACGUCAGCAGGGCCCCGGAAGAAAGGCCCCGUCCCGCACGGCGCGCAGCGGGCGCCGCAGCGGAAACGGGCGGACCCACCGUUUGCAAGGCCCUCGGAAACCGAACCGGAUGGGACAUCUUCUAGGCCGCAGAGCGGAGCGGUUGCCGAGGGGGCGGGCGGCGAGAAGGUGACGUCAGACGUGACGUCAGGCGCCUUGCUGGAGGACUUGCUGCUGUCGCUGAGCCUGCUGAAGCACCUGGCGUACGGCAGCGCCGAGGCGGCGGAGGCGAUUUUGGACGCGGGCGCGCUCACGCUGGUGCGGGACACGUGGAACUACGCGCAGGCGGAGGGUGCCGUCUUGCACGAGAUUCUCGGCGUCCUCUGUAACCUGGCGGCAGUCAGCGAGGUCGCCAGGCGGGCGAUCGCGCUUGAAGGCCAGCCGAUCAUCGGGGGUGGCGGUGGCAAAGCGACCGUCAACAAGGGCCUGGUGAUGCUCGGCGUGGUGAAGCUGCUGGGGCGACCGUCGUUGGGCGGCCCCCUGUUCCUGGUCGCCAUGCAGCUCAUGCAGAGCCUGGUCAUGAGCCCCGAGCCGCGCACCGCCCUCCUUCGAACGUCCUUCCUCAUCGACGCACACCAGACGCUUCAACGGGCGGUUGCCACAAAAGAUCUCCAGAAGCAGGAUGCAAUCCUGAACGUCCUCGCCAAUCUUGCGGCCUUUUCCGACGGGCAGAGGGCGCUGCUCAAGUCGCUGGCGUUGUCGGGGCUCUUUGAUCUGGUGCUCGACAUCGCUGCCUCCAGCCCCGGAUCGACUGCCGCUUCCGCGCUGCUCCUGCUCCGCAACCUGGCCUUCGCCCACGAGAACAAGGUCCACUUCCUUUCGAGCCCCCGCGCGCUUCCCGUCCUGCUGACAGCUGUCACGGACGCCGCCCCAGCUGGCACCAACGGCGCGCGCACGCCAAAAAGUGCUGUUAUGCGCGAGCAGGCGCUGGCCGCCUCCGCUCUCUGGGCGCUCGCGUACAACGACCAGCGGGUGGUUGCUGCGCUGCGGUCUGCCGAUGCGUUGCCUAAGUUGGAGGGAUCCCUUCGCAGCCUGCGGAGGGAAAGCGGCGCCAGGGGGAGAGACGUCAACAAGCAUGCUGAGGAAGCGCUUGAAAAAGUCGUCCAGCUGAUGCGAUGAGGGUCCGCCGGUUGCAAAGUUGUGCUGGACGAAUAACGCAGAAAGGUAAAAGGACGCUCUUACAUGAGGUUGUUGCUAGCGAGCAACUUCCUUACACAUCUUUGAAAAGCUGUCUCGUUAGUCUAUUACAGUGCCAAAAUAAGUAAUAAGGCCGCUGUUGUGUUGUAGAAUAGUGAUGCAGCAAGAUUUGAUCAAACCGCCAUGUUGGCAGGCUUAUGCCUCCUUUAGAUUUGCGGAGCUUGAAAUACAGUCGGACAUGCUCAC